CAUCUACAUUUGCUUCGUACGUCUCUCAUUAGAAGUUUGGCUUUUUCAAUUGAUUCCCGCAGCCAUAUGUGAGAUGAAAUUUCGGACAUUUGAUAAGAUGGCAUUUUAGACAAAAUGAUGAGCUUUCAAAUUUCUAUUCCAAUCGGGACCGAGAUACUGGCCCUGUUGUUGACGGCGCAGUGUCUUGGCUUGCGCUGACAGCGAAUGAGUCAAUACCCUAGAAACGAAACAUUGGACGGUCUGGGCAGUUUGAAGAAUCAAUUCUUAAACUUUUGAUGCCCGCCAAAGCUUGAAUCAUAGGAAAAAAUUGCUGUUGGUGAUAGUAUCGGAUACUGAAAUAUGGCAUUGCAUGAGAGAGAUACUAUUCCUAGAGAUGAUUCAAGUCAAGCUUCAUCCAAAGAUGCGGAUUUGAUAAAAUUGUACUCGGAAACAGAUUCAUUACUCUCACCAGUAACUGCUGCUUCUACUCCAAAUUACAAGUCAGCCGCAACUUUUCCGGACGUAGAAUCUGCACAAAAUGACCAAGUACAAGACAAAACCACAGGAAAAGUCAUGAAGAGCGCUGCUAUCAUAAUCAGUCUUCUACUGAUUGGUAUUUUUGUAUCAUAUGCAGAUGGCACGCUUGUUCUCGCAACCUAUGGCACCAUUGCUUCCGAAUUUCGGGCACUGGGUGAUGCCAGUUGGUUAACUACUAGCUAUUCUUUAGCGAUGUGCGCUGUCCAACCCCUUACCGGCAAGAUUAGUGAUAUAUAUGGAAGAAAACCAGUUCUCUUGAUAUCGUAUGGGUUCUUCGUGAUUGGAUGUGUUUUGACGGGGCUUUCACAAACAAUGUGGCAGACUGUGAUGGGUAGAGUAGUAGCUGGUAUUGGAGGUGCGGGUAUGAGUGUUAUGGUCUCCGUUCUGAUCGUUGAUCUUGUGCCUCUCAUUCAUGUUGCCGCGUGGAGAAGUUAUGUCAAUGUCGUUGGGACGAUUGGAAGAAGUAUCGGUGGACCCCUAGGCGGACUGCUAGCAGACACGAUAGGAUGGCGUUGGUCGUUCAUCGGACAAGGACCUCUUAUGCUCUUCGCUAUUGCUUUGGUAGCAUAUAAACUUCCAGCACGAUCAUCAUCCGACGAGCCCAUCCAAGCCAAAGAUGGGCCUUCAAAACUUCGACGAAUUGAUUUUAUUGGAGCAUUCUUGUUAACUGGGACUAUCGCCGCCUUUCUCGGCUCUCUCAGUCUUGGAGGACAAGCACUACCUUGGUCGCAUCUUACAGUUCUUGGGUUGUUGCUGGGAUCUGUUGUACUUGGCACUAUAUUUGUGACGUAUGAGGUCAAAUUCGCUGCGGAGCCCAUAUUUCCGCCCGCACUUGCUGUCGAACGUGAUGUAGCAUCAUCUUAUGCUAUCAAUGCGUUGCAGCUCGGUGCACAAGUUGGCAUGAUGUAUUCCGUUCCCCUGUAUUUUCGUGUUACACAAGGCAGCUCUAACACCACUGCUGGGCUUCAUCUCUUCCCGGCUAUAUUUGGUAAUACGACGGGAGGUCUCCUCGCAGGCUGGCUAAUUACUCGCACUGGUCAUUACAAAUAUCUCUUGGUCUUCUCUACUCUCUCGUCCAUUUUCUCCUACACUAUGCUUCUUACAACAUGGCAUAGCCAUCACCUUUCUCUCGCGUCAUCUCUCUCUAUAUUUCCAGGUGGUUUUGGUCUCGGAAUAACAGCUGCUUGCGCAUUUAUUGCCCUCACCGUUUCUGUUCAAAAGAAAGAGAUGGGUACAGCAACUGCCGGUAUGUAUUUGAUAUCUAGCAUCGGUAUGGUUGUUGGAGUAGCCUUGUGUGCUGGAGUUCAAAACAGUGCUUUGGGAGAAGCGCUCGCAGGGUUAGAACUAGAUGGGAAUAUAGUGAGACAAGUGAUGGAAGAUGUAGGAAGCGUGAAAGACCUGCCGGGAGAUAUCAAGAUCCAGGUAAUAGAUGCCUAUGUGAAAAGUUUGGGAGCGAGUCACGCAGUGAGUGUGGGACUAUCAGGUUUGGCGUUUUUGUUAAGUUUGGCGGUUAGAGAGAAGAAGAUCAGAUAGAUGGAAGUCGGAAGAUGGUGACUUAGAGACCCACUUGAAAUAUCUAUGUUCACCUAAGUAUAUAUCCAUUCAUGGAUUUUGCUUCGCCUGUAGUACAUAUCAUGUCCUCUUGACCAGCUGCAGUCAUGUUUUCAGCUAUUCUGGCAAUGCGGGGAUAUAUUCAGUGCAUAUUUUCUUUGGAUGCCAUUAGACUCCGUAUAACAGUGCCAUGAGAAAGACUUCAUAUUAAAGAGUAGUCCAUCCCAUGUAAGACCAAGGUUAAAACCCUGAACUUUGCGUUUCUUAUCAGAUUACCUACCGCAC